CUGACCCACAGACAAUCCUGCAGCCAGUAUAUAGGGUAAUAAUACCAUAUUGUCUGGAUAAACUAGUCUUGAACUAUAUUUAGAGAAACAAUUGCCUUGCAUAAGCCUUAAUUUUUUAACAGACAAUAGUUUUACCUCUCAGAUCAGAUAGCCUGUUGUAAAACCUAUUUUUCAGACUAUUUUUUAUCCAUUCUUGUCGCUGUCGGUAAUUCCAUCCAAAACGCAUGGUGUUGCGAUAUAUUCUGACUUACUAAAACUGUAUUUAUAGUGGACAGACGACACACGGGUAAACCGUCCGCUCUGUGAUGGAUAAUGCUCACACUAAGACAGUGGAGGAGGUUUUGGGCUUCUUCAGUGUAAAUGAGUCUACAGGGUUGAGCUGUGAGCAGCUGAAGAAGAACAGAGAGAGAUGGGGACCCAACGAAUUACCAGCUGAAGAAGGGAAAUGCCUUUGGGAGCUGGUUUUGGAACAGUUCGAGGAUCUGCUGGUUCGAAUUUUGCUGCUGGCUGCAUGCAUCUCCUUUACCCUGGCUUGGUUCGAAGAAGGGGAGGGAACGAUCACAGCCUUUGUUGAACCCUUUGUCAUCCUCCUCAUCCUCAUCGCCAAUGCUAUUGUAGGAGUAUGGCAGGAGCGUAAUGCAGAGAACGCCAUUGAAGCUCUUAAGGAGUAUGAGCCGGAGAUGGGCAAGGUGUAUCGACAGGACAAGAAGAGCGUCCAAAGAGUUAGAGCCCGAGACAUUGUUCCUGGAGACAUUGUGGAAGUUGCAGUGGGUGAUAAGGUACCAGCUGACAUCAGGCUGACGUCCAUCCGUUCCACCACUCUGAGGGUGGACCAGUCCAUUCUGACAGGGGAAUCUGUGUCAGUGCUCAAACACACAGACCCUGUACCAGAUCCCAGAGCUGUCAACCAGGACAAGAAGAACAUGCUCUUCUCUGGUACCAACAUUGCAGCGGGGCGAGCCAUUGGGGUUGUUGUGGCGACAGGGGUACAGACAGAGAUUGGGAAAAUCCGAGAUGAGAUGGCCUCCACUGACCCUGAAAGGACCCCACUACAACAGAAACUAGACCAAUUUGGAGAACAGCUGUCUAAGGUCAUCAGUGUGAUCUGUGUGGCAGUGUGGGCUAUCAAUGUGGGGCAUUUCAAUGAUCCAGUGCAUGGAGGCAGCUGGCUGAGAGGAGCUGUUUACUAUUUCAAGAUUGCUGUUGCACUGGCUGUGGCUGCCAUACCAGAAGGCCUCCCAGCAGUCAUCACUACCUGCCUGGCACUGGGCACCAGGAGGAUGGCCAGGAAGAACGCCAUUGUCCGCAGCCUACCAUCAGUGGAGACACUGGGUUGUACCUCUGUUAUCUGCUCUGACAAAACAGGAACCCUGACCACCAACCAGAUGUCCGUCUGCAGGAUGUUUGUAGUGGACAGUGUAUCAGGGGAACACUGCAGCCUGAGCGAGUUCACGGUGACUGGUUCUACUUACGCCCCUGAAGGGGAAGUUUACAAGGAUGGCUCAGUGGUGAAGUGCAGUCAGUAUGAAGGCCUGGUGGAGAUGGCCACCAUCUGUGCACUGUGCAAUGAUUCAUCACUGGACUACAAUGAGGCAAAGGGAGUGUAUGAGAAGGUUGGGGAGGCAACAGAGACUGCCCUCUGCUGUCUGGUGGAGAAAAUGAACGUGUUCAACACCGACCUGAAAGGACUGAGCCCUGCUGAAAGAGCUACAGCGUGCUGCUCUGUGAUUAAACAGCUGAUGAAGAAAGAGCUGACGUUGGAGUUCUCAAGAGACAGGAAGUCCAUGUCUGUCUUCUGUUCAUCCAAUAAACUCACCAGGUCUGCCUCUGGAGCCAAGAUGUUUGUCAAGGGAGCUCCAGAGAGUGUGCUGGAGCGCUGUAAUUAUAUCCGGGUCAGCGGUUCUGCUCGUGUGCCCUUAAGCAUGGCAGUUCGGGAGCGGCUCCUGUCCACUGUGCGGGAGUGGGGCGCGGGCCGAGACACGCUACGUUGCCUCGCCAUGGCAAUCAGGGACACGCCCCCUGACAUGCAUUGUCUCAACCUGGAGAACUCAUCCGCCUUUGCUGACUAUGAGUCGGACCUGACCUUUGUGGGCUGUGUGGGCAUGUUGGACCCACCCAGGAAAGAGGUGCUUGGCGCAGUACGAAUGUGUCGGCAGGCUGGCAUACGAGUCAUCAUGAUCACAGGUGACAACAAGGGGACAGCCCUGUCUAUCUGUCGGAGGGUGGGGAUCAUAACAGAGCAAGAAGAGGAGCAGGAGGGCGCAGGGGUCAUCGGAGGUCUGACGGGACGUGAGUUUGAUGAGCUCCCCCCCCACCUUCAGCGUCUGGCCUGCCGGACAGCACGGUGCUUCGCCCGGGUAGAGCCGGCACACAAGAGUCGUAUUGUGGAGUAUCUGCAGAGCCUGAGUGACAUUACUGCCAUGACAGGGGACGGGGUGAAUGACGCACCAGCACUGAAGAAAGCAGAGAUCGGCAUCGCUAUGGGUAGCGGCACAGCAGUGGCCAAGUCAGCCUCUGAGAUGAUCCUGGCUGACGACAACUUCUCAACUAUUGUGGCUGCUGUGGAGGAGGGCAGAGCCAUUUACAACAACAUGAAACAGUUCAUCAGAUACCUAAUAUCAUCCAACAUAGGAGAGGUGGUCUGUAUUUUCCUUACGGCCGCACUCGGCAUGCCUGAAGCAUUGAUCCCAGUCCAACUGUUAUGGGUCAACCUGGUCACUGACGGUUUUCCAGCAACAGCUCUGGGCUUCAACCCUCCUGACCUGGACAUCAUGUCCCGCCCUCCUCGUUCCCCCAAAGAGCCUCUCAUCUCCAGCUGGUUGUUCUGUCGCUACCUCAUCAUCGGAUGUUAUGUGGGAGCAGCCACGGUAGGAGCUGCUGCCUGGUGGUUUAUGGCAGCUCAUGAUGGACCUAAACUUUCCUUCUAUCAACUGUCCCACUACCUGCAGUGCAGUGAAGGUCACGUUGAGUUUGCUGGUGUGCAGUGUUCAGUCUUUGAGUCUCCUUAUCCCAUGACUAUGGCUCUGUCUGUCCUGGUUACCAUAGAGAUGUGCAACGCCUUGAACAGUCUUUCAGAGAACCAGUCCCUGCUGAAAAUGCCUCCCUGGUCAAACCCCUGGCUUGUAGGAGCCAUCUGUCUGUCCAUGGCCUUACACUUCCUCAUUCUAUAUGUAGAUCCACUGCCGGUGAUAUUCCAGAUACGCCCUCUGUCUUGGCCUCAGUGGGUAGUGGUGUUGAAAAUGUCACUUCCUGUCAUCUUGAUGGACGAGGCCCUCAAGUUCCUGGCCCGCAGCUAUAUCGAGCCAGGAAGCCAGAUCCAGACAUUGGAAGAGGAAGAGGAGCUGCAGAGGAUAAGAGCUAGUGCGGGAUUGGUCAGUGCAAUGAUGACAAGGCUACGCCAGUCAGUGAGGGGCGUGUCCUGGUCAUUCGUCCUGAUCUCCACACCGCUAGUGAUCUGGAUCUUCAGCCUGGACUCUGACAUCACUAACAUCUUCUGGGAAUGACUGUAGAAAGAGAGGACAGGUGGACUGUAGGAGAAACAGUGAAAGACAGGAGACUGAAAGAGGACAGAGAGAAGCUAAAGAAGGAUUAUUGAGGGAAAAAAUGCAGCAGACUUGGGCAUGGAAUGUUGAAGGGUGAGGCAAGGUGUGAGAGACAUAAGACGAUAAUUAUUUGAGAUACAGGAAUGUAAGGGAUAAAAAGUGACAUUUUUAGCCAGCAGACAAUCAGAACAACAUGAAAAAGGAAAGUGCAAGGUAGUUUUACACCAUCACUUCCUCUGUAAUGAAAAGGUGCUAGGUGUAGCUAAUUGUCUUUCUCACAGUUGUAAAUUAAUAUCUUACUUAGACUGUACAUACACUGAUUAGCCACAACAUUAAAACCAGUUACUGUUUUAAUGUUGUGGCUGAUAAGUGUAUUCAUGUUCCCCAAUUUCUUGCCUAAGGCAAACAAAUGAGUGAAAUAUCUCUGAGACAAAAUACCUCUAAAACUAAAAACCAUAGUACCAACAGCCUCAGUUUUACUUUUAUGUCAGUAUAGCAUGCUAACCUACAAAUUUUUACAUUCUGAGAUACUAAAGGUUUGUUAAAUAAACAUUAGCAAGUUAGCAUGCCAGUGUUAACUUGUUUGUUGUUUGAAAGGACAACAACAGACAUCUGUCUUUCUGCCUUAAAGCAAUUCAGCAUUUAGACUUCCCACCAAAAUGGACCCAGACACAGUAUAAAAUAUAAUGUAGAUUAUCAAUGGUUCCCAACUUUUUGGGUUUUUUUAGUUGUAUAUAUCUUUAAAAGAGUUUGAUUUGAAGCAAAUUGUUUCAUUUGACUUGUUUUUAGAGACCUGGAUGGGGUUGCACCAGCUAAUCAUAAAUCCCUCACAAAUUCCAUGUGUUAAGUCCUUCAUGAGUUCUUAGUAACAACUAGCUGGCUUCAAAACUAGUAAUUUAUUAAAUCAGGUUGCACUGUUAAAAAUUGACAAAUGUCUUAGCUAGUAAACACUUAAAUAAUCUGUAAAUCAGUUGUUAAGAACAUCCGUAGACAUCCAAUCAAAAGCAGUCAAGGAAGUCGUUGUAGCACCUCAAUCUACGAUGACAGAUUUAUGAGGUCAAACAAUAGUUUGUCUGACAAUCUUUUGUAAAUGCGGCUAUGACUUUGCUUUAUUCAUAUAUGAAUAUGGGGAUACAUCUGUUUGAUUCAGAUUGUGUUGUUUGAGUAUUGUGGGUUUUUCUUUUCCAUUUUUUUUUAUCUUGAGUUCACUGUCUAUCUAAUAGCAUGCUGAUGAGUUACUGAUGGUAAAAUGCUACACAUAGCACCUUUUAGAUAAAAAUGUCUGGUGGAAUAAUUUGUGGAUUAGAUAUAAGAAAGAGAGAAGUGGUGAAUUGUCUGCAAUCUCACACAUAUACACACCAGCUUUUCAACCCCACUGUAAUUCAUUAGUAAUACUGUGUGGUCAUUAACAGGUGAUGAGGCCAGAUAAUUAGACGUACAUUAGAACCCCCAGCUGGUCACUCCAAUACUCUUAAUGCUGCAAUGCAAAUAUAUUCCGUCACACUACUAUUGGAACUUUCUUGUAGAUACCAGACAUGAGACUAAAACAGGCAUUUAACCUCUGAAGGAAGACUUAACAGACCAUUUCAGAAUUCAUGUCAACGCACAUCACACACUUCUAAUAUGUUGCAGAGUGGAAGAUCAGCCCAAGUCUGUACUGUAACUGUUUAGUUCUGCAGAAACACAUUAUUGUUUCUGCAAUUGUUUCUCUGGAAUGGAUUUCAAGUGUUGAAUAUGCAUUUGGUAGCUGUUUAUGGGAACUCUCAAUAUGAUUUGAUUACGAUAAUAUGAUUAUUUUUAAUACUUGGAUGAAAAUCCUUUGCAGUCAGUGACAAUGCCUGAAGUCCUGAACCCAUGGACAUCACCAAACGCUGAGUUUCCUCCCUUGAGAUGCUUUACCAGGCCUUUCCUGCAGUCGCAUUCAAUUGCUGUAUGUUUGUGGGUCUUUCUGCCCUCAGUUUUGUCUUCAGUAAAUGAAAAGCAUGCUCUAAUGGGUUGAGGUCAGGUGACUGACUUGG